AUGGCGACUGAGGCGCAGAGUGAAGGGGAGGUGCCAGCCCGGGAGCCUGGCCGGAGUGAAGCUAUCUGCAAUUUUGUUAUCUGCAAUGACUCUUCCCUUCAAAGUCAGCCCAUUAUCUUCAAUCCUGACUUUUUUGUGGAGAAGCUCCGGCAUGAGAAACCCGAGGUGUUCACUGAGCUGGUGGUCAGCAAUAUUACAAGACUUAUCGAUCUGCCUGGAACCGAGCUGGCUCAGCUGAUGGGAGAAGUAGACCUUAAGUUGCCUGGCGGGGCGGGCCCAGCAUCAGGAUUCUUCCGGUCUCUAAUGUCUCUCAAGCGAAAGGAAAAAGGAGUAGUAUUUGGAUCCCCACUGACAGAGGAAGGCAUUGCCCAGAUAUACCAACUAAUUGAAUAUCUACACAAGAACUUACGAGUAGAGGGUUUGUUUAGAGUACCAGGGAAUAGUGUCCGGCAGCAGAUUUUAAGAGAUGCUCUCAAUAAUGGAACUGAUAUUGACUUGGAAUCAGGGGAGUUUCACUCAAAUGACGUUGCUACCUUGCUGAAGAUGUUUCUAGGAGAGUUACCUGAGCCCCUGCUGACACAUAAACAUUUUCACGCACACCUCAAAAUUGCUGAUUUGAUGCAGUUUGAUGAUAAAGGAAACAAGACCAAUGUACCAGAUAAGGAACGGCAAAUCGAGGCUCUUCAGUUGCUCUUCCUCAUUCUCCCUCCACCCAAUCGUAACUUGCUGAAGUUACUGCUUGAUCUCCUGUACCAGACAGCAAAGAAACAAGACAAGAAUAAGAUGUCCGCCCAUAACCUUGCCCUUAUGUUUGCACCUCAUGUCUUAUGGCCAAAAAAUGCCACUGCAAAUGACCUUCAAGAGAAUAUCUCAAAAUUAAAUGAUGGGAUGGCUUUUAUGAUUAAACACUCUCAGAAACUUUUUAAGGCUCCUGCUUAUAUUCGGGAAUGUGCCAGAUUGCACUAUUUGGGUUCCAGAACUCAAGCAUCAAAGGAUGAUCUUGAUCUGAUAGCUUCAUGUCAUACCAGGUCUUUCCAACUGGCAAGAUCUCAAAAAUGGAACCGGGUAGAUUUCUGCUCUCAUCAGGAGGAGACCCACCAGCGUACGGAAGAGGCACUAAGAGAAUUGUUCCAACACGUUCACAAUAUGCCAGAGUCGGCAAAGAAGAAACAGCUCAUUAGACAGUUUAAUAAGCAUUCUGGGACCCAGACACCGGGACGCGAGCCUUCUACUCCCCCGGCGCGGAAAAGGGCUCGCUCUCGGUCCUUCAGUGGCCUCAUCAAGCGGAAGGUCCUGGGAAAUCAGAUGAUGUCAGAAAAGAAAAACAAGUACCCUACUCCGGAUUCUGUAGCCAUUGGUGAAUUGAAGAGAGCCAGCAAAGAAAAUAUGGACUUAUUAUUUUCUGGCUCUCCAGCUGUCAUGAUGACACCAACAAGACUGAAAUGGCCUGAGGGGAAGAAAGAGGGGAAAAAAGCCUAGGAUUCUUCUGAAGGAUCCAGAGUUUUCCUGUUGUCCACCCAGAAUUCUUUCUUCUGUGGGCCACGGGCCGUGACCACCCACAGAAAAGCUGGGACUUGCAGCUCGCUUGCUGCGUGUUGAAUUGUGAAAGCCAACUAAUCCUGUGACUCAGCUGAUACCUCUAACCUCACUCAGCGGAGAUGUCUGCAGAUUCUGCCUACUAAACCGGUCCUAGCGACUCUCUCUCUCUUUAAAAAAAAUGUUCUGGGGAAACCACUAAACAGCCAAACCAGCUUACACACAGCACAAUC